CCUCCCUUCCGGGCUUCCGGCCCAUCUCGCUGGUUGCUGCCGCGCGCCCCCUCGCUCCGUCGCUCCUGUUCUUCCUCCUCGAGCGAGCGCCGCCACCCUUCCCUCCCCCAUCCCGCUGCCGAGCGCCCCAGCCCCCGUAGCUUGUCUUCCUCCUCGCGCGAGCGGCGCCACCGCAGGUUGAUCGCUCCCGGGCGCCCCAGGCCACUAGCUCGUCUUCCUCCUCGCGCAAGCGCCGCCACCGCAGAGUUAGCAGAAUGGGUAUCUCUACCGAAGAGGACCCCAAGGAGAGAAAGAACAACAAAGACUCUUUGGACGAGAUGGAGAUGAAGGUGGCCAAGUAUUCGCGGGGAAAGGCUGCUAACUUGGGGGCUUUGCGUGAUAAGAAAUUGAAAGGACAGCUUGCUGGAAAAGAGAGGCUAAUUGGACAAUCUGCCAAAGCUGCUGCACAGGCUGAAAAGUGGUUUUUGCCUAUUGAGGGAGGCUAUUUAGAGCCUGAAGGUUUAGAGAAGACAUAUAGAUAUCAGCAACAAUCGAUUGUGCAGGAGGUGGACCUUUUGAGUUCAAGAAAACCAUUCGAUAUGAUCUUACCUGUACUUGGUCCUUAUACUCUAGAGUACACAUCAAACGGUCGCUACAUGAUAGUAGGUGGACGAAAAGGUCAUAUUGCUAUGAUGGAUAUGUUGAAUAUGGAUCUCAUCAAGGAGUUUCAGGUGAGGGAAACUGUGCGUGAUGUGGCAUUCUUACACAACGAGCAACUCUUCGCAGUCGCCCAGAAAAAGUACCCCUACAUAUAUAAUCGUCAUGGCACAGAAAUUCACUGUCUGAAGGAACAUGGUAAAUCACUGAAGCUUCAGUUUCUGGACAAACACUUCCUCUUGGUAUCGAUAAACAGCUUCGGGCAGCUCCACUACCAAGAUAUGAGCACUGGUGAGAUGAUUGCAAACUACAGGACAGGUCUUGGACGUACUGAUGUGAUGCGGGCAAAUCCUUACAAUGCUGUUAUUGGCGUUGGACAUGCUGGUGGAAAAGUUACCAUGUGGAAGCCAACCAGUGUGAAACCGCUUGUCACAAUGCUGUGCCAUCAUGGUCCUGUGACUGCUGUUGCAUUUGACAGGGGUGGUCAUCUUAUGGCGACGGCAGGUGUUGACAGGAAAAUUAAGAUUUGGGAUCUCAGGAAGUAUGAGGUUGUGCAUUCGUAUACUGCACGUGCUCAGUCCUUGGAUUUCAGCCAGAAGGGUUUGUUGGCAGGCAGCAAUGGAUCUCUAGUAGAGAUAUACAAGGAUUCUGGGGGGCAGGAUUAUAAAGUUUAUAUGAAACAUAGAAUGAUAAAGGGGUACCAGGUUGACAAGGUUUUGUUCCGCCCUUAUGAGGAUAUCUGUGGGAUUGGGCACUCCAUGGGCCUUUCUUCCAUUCUUGUUCCUGGAUCGGGUGAGGCAAACUUUGAUACCUUUGUUGAGAACCCUGUGGAGACUAGAAAGCAAAGGAGGGAGAAGGAGGUGCAAGCCCUACUCAAUAAGCUUCCACCAGAGACUAUCAUGCUCGACCCAAAUAUGAUCGCCACUGUAAGACAACCAAAGAAGAAAGAGAAGAAGACCAAGAAAGAGAUCGAGGAAGAGAUUGAAGAUGUUGUCGAGGCCGCCAAAAACACUAAGGUCAAGAAGAAGACCAAGGGUAGGAGCAAACCCAGCAAGCGGGCCAAGAAGAAGGAGGAAGAGGUUCUCAAAGCCAAGAGGCCUCUAUUGGAUCAAUACAAGGAAACCAAUGGACAGCCUGAGAAGAAACAAAGGAUAGGCGACCAGAGCGAGCUGCCAAAAGCCUUGCAGCGGUUUGCCAAGAACAGGCAACCAUGAUCUUAUUCACCAUUACUGUGGUGUACCUUGAGAGAGUCACAUACCCAAACUUCUAUUAGAUGGAUAAAGCGUACAACUCAUGCCACAGAAUGUGACGGCCUGUAUGUCGACGAAGCUGGAUGUUCUCUGUUCUUCCUGGAGCCACAACCUACCCGCGUUAAGGGAGACCUGCUGGCGAACAUGAGCUCUGAUCAGGAACGCCGUGCUUGCCUGGUGGCCAGUACCAAUUGGUUCCAGAUGUAGCCUGUGUAUGGUGCUUGCUCUAGUAGUGCGCUGCUUGGCCCUGAAUGUAUCACAGACAUUUUAGUUUAGGUUUUCUGUUCUUCGUUUCAGACCUUUCCAGACGGUUUGGGCUGUACAACAACAAUUAAGCCUUUUGUCCCGAGCAAGUUGGGGUAGGCACGAUUUUGGGCUGUAUUGACAACAUUUGGUUUUCAGUUAAUGGAGCCGGGGGGGUCGACCCCUUUUCAUCUAAAAAAA